AGCAGCUGACUUGGCUGUAGCAUGAGCAGUCAGUUGAUUACCUGAGAGUUAAAACUUUGGUUACUGUUCAGGGGGAUGUGGCCCUGUAUUGUGAGAAGCAUUUCUCACCUCGUUUCUUCCCUUGCUGUGUCUCUGUUGCUGCAGCUUCCAGGUUCUGGGCAGCGUUGCUUUGAAGACGAUCAACCCCUGCGUUACAUCAGUGGAGAUGUGGAGAUUGGCUUCUUUUUACCCAUAGUCUCACCUGAAGUGAGCAAUGUAACAGGAGCAGAACGGUUUCAGAGUCCUCCUAACAAGUCUUGUAGGGCUUAUAGACCUAUUGAAAAAAAUUACCAGCAAUACCUCAUGCCUGCCUUCACUCUGCAUGAGAUUAAUAGGAAUCCCAAUCUGUUGCCCAACAUUUCCCUGGGAUACAGUAUGUACAACUCCUAUUCCAGUGAAGAAAGGACCUUGCAGAACUACCUGUGGUGGCUGUCUGGAACACACCAGCUCAUCCCUAAUUACAACUGCAGAGAGCAAGAAAAGAUUGUGGCUGUCAUUGGAGGAGCCACUUCGGCUCUCUCUGUUCAGAUGGGGACCCUGCUUGACCGCUACCAUUUACCUCAGAUUACUUAUGGUCCAUUUGAUCCCAGUCUUGCUGACAAAGUCCAGUUUCCUUCCCUCUAUCAGAUGGCCCACAAAUCCUCUUCUCUUCACCGAGGUAUUGUCCGCUUAUUGGUCUAUUUUCAAUGGAACUGGAUAGGUCUGAUUGUCUUUGAUGAUAUGAGAGGUGAGGAAUUCCUCAGGGAAAUGAGAGAGGAAAUGAAAAAGAAUAGAGUUUGUGUGUCCUUCACAGAGAAGAUCCCUCUCAGUGACAGAAAAAAUAGGGAGACCUCUGAGGCCUUCAAGUCCAGGAUCUUAAUUUCAGAAAUCAAAGUCAUUGUCAUUCAUACUGACACAGAUUCAUUAACAAUUAUGGGAGACCCACCAGGAUUUUUAUUCCCAACCAAGAAGGUGUGGAUUGCCACAUCUCAUUCAGACACUACAACGAGAGCCCUGUACUAUUAUGGUUUCACUUUCCAUGCUUCUCUCUUCUUUUCACACUUGACUAGUCCAAUACCUGGGUUUGAGAGUUUUAUGAGGAAGCUUAUACCUCCUUUAACCAUGAGGAACAUUUUUCUCCAAGCACAUAGGCCAUCACCUUUGAAAUGCUCAGAUCAACCAGAUAUCCCAGAGCAAGAUUUAUACUUACCAAAUGCCUCCCUGAAACAUUUACCUUUUUACCCUGUGGACAUGACAACAUCCACCUUGAGUUACAACAUCUACAAUGCUUUUUAUGCUGUGGCUUGGGCUCUCCAUGAAAUACUGAUGAAAAGAUCUGAGAAAAGAUCCUUGGGAAAUGAAGAAUCUGUAUUGCCUCAUCCAUGGCAGCUACACUCCUACCUGAAGAACACCCAGUUUAAGAACAUUCUUGGUGAGCAGGUGUUUGUGGAUGAGAACAGACGUACAGAGGCUCAGUAUGCCAUUAUGAAUUAUAUAUACUUCGAUUAUUAUAAUGAUCAUCUUCUUUUUAUAGUUGCUUCUCUUCUAUUAAUUGAUCAUCAUAUAGUAUUGUUGUUGAAGUGUAGAAUGAUCUCCUGCUUUUGCUCAUUUCACUUAAUUCCCUCUGCGGUAUGUAGUGCCAGUUGUCCUCCUGGAUUCAGGAAGUUGCCUUUGGAGGGCAAGCCUUUUUGUUGCUUCAGCUGCUCCCCAUGCUCAGAUGGAGAAAUCUCCAGUCAUAGAGAUGCUGAGCAGUGUAAGAAGUGCCCAGAGGAUGAAUAUCCCAAUGAGCAGAGAGAUCGCUGCCUCCCCAAGAUUGUGACCUUCCUGGAUAUCAAUGAACCUUGGGGGAAGGCAGUGACAGCUAUAGCUGUUUCACUCUCAUUUCUCACAGCCCUGGUUCUGUGGAUCUUUGUGAAAUUCCAAGACACUCCCAUAGUCCAAGCCAAUAACAGGAACCUCAGCUACAUGCUCCUCAUCUCUCUUUCCUCCUGCUUCCUCUGCUCCUUGCUCUUUGUGGGCCGUCCCACCACUGCUUCCUGCCUUUCCCGACAAACAGUAUUUGCAGUUGUGUUCACGGUGGCCGUUUCCUCCAUUUUGGCCAAAACCAUCAUAGUGGUUCUGGCUUUCAGGGUUACAGGGCCAGGGAGUAGGAUGCGGAUAUUCCUUCAUCCUAGAGUGCCCUACUGUGUUGUUCUCAUCUGCUCUGGAAUUCAAGUGCUUUUCUGUGCCAUCUGGUUGGGGACCCAUCCUCCCUUUCCAGAAGCAGACACACACUCUGAAUCCAGCCACAUCAUCCUCACAUGUAAUGAGGGUUCUGCCUUUGCAUUUUAUUGUGUCUUGGGCUACAUGGGCUUUCUGGCCCUGGGAAGCUUCACCAUAGCCUUCCUGGCCAGGAACCUGCCUGAUGCCUUCAAUGAAGCCAAGUUCAUCACUUUCAGCAUGCUGGUGUUUUGCAGCGUCUGGAUCUCUUUUCUCCCCACAUAUCAGAGCUCCAAAGGGAAAGCUGUGAUGAUUGUGGAGAUCUUCUCCAUCUUGGCCUCCAGUGCCGGCUUACUGGGCUGCAUUUUUAUUCCCAAAUGUUUUCUGAUUCUCCUGACAUCAUGGAAAAAUAACACAAAACAGAACAAGAAUCAAAGGAGUUCCAGGAGCAAGAAUUUUCUUUUUCUUAAAAUUUGAUAUCUUUAUUUGCCACAGUUCCAUGUAAAAACACUAUUUAUGUCUUUGUUUUGAAAGCUUUGACUUCCACAUUCUCUCCCUUCUUCUCCAAUCCCAGAACUGAGGUUCCACAUGUGCAGUAACACAAAACAUUUUUUUUAGUGUGUUUGUAAAUUUUUUUUCUUUUUU